AUGAUGCGCCCGCGAGGAGUGCGCGGAUUCUUUAGCCUGUCCCGACUCUUGGGCGGCCAUGCAACGCCUGUUCAGAGUCCCGCAGCGAAAUACCGUGUGGCCAUCAUCGGCGGCGGCUCGGCGGGUGUCUCUGUCGCUUCACAGCUCAUGAAGAAGUUGCCAAAGAGCCUCCACUCCGAGAUCGCCAUUAUCGAGCCUUCGGACAAGCACUUCUACCAGCCGUACUGGACGAUGGUCGGAGGACUGGGCUUGGACAAAGAGAAGUCCGUGCUUCCCAUGAGCAAGGUCAUUCCCACAGGCGUCUCCUGGGUAAAGGAGGGCUGUGCGACCUUCGAGCCGGACAGCAACAGCAUCUCCUUGAAAGGUGGUGGCAAAGUCGAGUACGACGUCUUGAUCGUGACUGCCGGGCUCCAACAAAACUUCGGCCUUGUGCCGGGUUUGAUGGACACAAUCGGCAAGAAUGGCGUGUCCUCGAUCUAUUCCUACGAAUACUCCUCGAAGGUCUGGGAAAACAUCGAAGCAACGAAGCAGGGCAAGGCCAUCUUUACCAACCCGGGCACUGCUGUCAACUGUGGCGGAGCGCCGCAAAAGAUUGCCUACCUGGCAGACUGCGCUUGGCGUCAGAAGGGCGUGCGGGAGAAGAUCGAGAUCGACUUCUGCACCGCGACGCCCGGGAUCUUCGCCUGCCCGACGUACCGCGCAGCCUUGGAGAAGAUCAUGGCGGAGAAGAGCAUCACCCCGCACGUGAAGACCAAUCUCGUCGAAGUGGACGGGCCGGGGAAGGUGGCCAUCUUCGAGAAAGAGGGUGGCGAGCGGGUGAAGAAGGAGUUCGACUUUCUGCAUGUGACUCCGCCCAUGAGCGCGCCAGACUUCAUCAAGAACAGCCCUCUGGCCAACAGCAUCGGCUUCGUUGAUGUUGACAAGGAGACAUGCCAGCACACGCAGUUCGCCAACGUCUUCUCACUGGGUGACUGUUCUUCGCUUCCCACAUCGAAGACUUACAGCGCGAUUUCCUCGCAAGCACCCGUGGUUGUGCACAACGUCAUGGCCAUGUUGGACAGCAAGCCGCAAAAUGCGACAGCAGCUUAUGACGGGUAUACCGCCUGCCCUGUGCUGGUUGGCGGAAACAAGCUGAUGCUAGCGGAGUUCAAUGGAUACACUAUGGAUGCCAUGCCUACCUUUGCACCGCCGCUGGACCAAGCGAAGCCCAACACACUGUUCUACAUCAUGAAGCGAUGGAUCUUUGAGCAAGUGUACUGGCACUUCAUGCCUGUGGGCAUGUGGUAUGGCAAGCGCAUGUUCUUCGAGCCUCCCGUGAAGCACAAGGUCGUUCCUACUGCAGCUACCAGCAGCGCAUGA